AUGGAGGGCCCAGAAACUUCACCGGCAAGGUCUUCGUCGCACCCACAUGCUAUUGUCCUUCUUGCCCGCUUCUCCUUCAGCUCACGCAGCAACUGCAGUGUCGAGUUCCACUUGGCUGGAAAGGAUCCGAAGACGCUGGAGAUCUUGCAAGAGGUGACCCAGAAGCAGCAGUUCAGCCGCGAGGCCUUGUCCUUGCCAUCCAGCUGCUCCUCCGAGGAAGCUGUUGCCAUUGAGCUGUCUAGCGGCGAGGUGCCGCGGGAGCGAGAUACGGAGUGCCCGCCUAUCUCUCUGAGCCAUCGGGAGAUUCUUUAUUUGGGUGAAGCCGCCAAGAUGACUCAAAGCAGACUCCAAACUCCUCGAGCACCGCCUCGCAUGCAGCAGGACUUCCUGUCUCCCGUGGCCAGUCCGCCACCGGCUUUCGGCAUGGAGCUGUCGAGGGACGUGCUGUCAGUACUUACCACGGAGGUGAAUGUGCCCAUACCACUAUCCCUGGAACACGCAUGGCUGCACUUACCGCCGAGCUGCCCGCGAUUCCAUCGCUGCACAGUAUCUGUGGACAAGCUAGGUCUGGUAGUGCAGCCUUUGUCCAAGAGCUGCAAGCGCUUCCGUGCAGCCCAACGCCAUGUGACCGGCCUCUACGUGCUGCCUACGGAGUCUCUUGGCUUUCCGCUGUCUGCCAUCCUCGACAUCGACCAG